AUGCUGCGUUCCCUGCAGCUCGCUCUGGGCUGCGUCAUCAUAGAGCGCGCUUGGCGGCAUCAUUCUGCGGCAGAUGAAGCUGCUGCUGCCGCCGACUCAACCGAAUCAAGCCGGCAACGGUUGGGGAAGGACGAGGAGUCCGAAGGAAGGGAGGCGGAGGACGGCUGGGACGGCUCCGCCUGGAGCCUGAGCUCGAGACCGUGGACUCCGUGGACUCCGUGGAUUGCGACAGGAACUCCUUCGCUACAGCUGCUGCUCCUGGCUCUUGAUGUGCUUGGCGUGAUCACUCUUGGCAGGCUUGGGAAUUCAUGUGCCGGAGCAGUCAUGGAUGUGACCGUUGCUGGCGCGCAGGGCUUACCAGAGAAAGCUUACCUCAGCUUGCGAGCUGGUGAUGUGCGAAAGCAGACUCAGUACAAGCCAGGCGAAUGCUUCUCGUUCGAUGGUAAGCAAGUGCCGCGGCACCUGGUGGUUGAUGUCUUCGAAAAAGUUGGCACGGCUCAGGUGAGUAUUUCAGAGUUGUCGAACUGCGACGGCGGAUUUGUGCAGUUGCAAGGAAGGGAUGGCAAGAUCGUGCUCGACAUGCAAGCCAAGGUGCGUUCCCAGAUCCCGGAGCCGAAGAAGCGGGUCUCCCGACACCAGGCAGCCAUAGAUGCUCAGCAGUAUUUAGAGGCCCACUCCGUUCAGCGAGUGCUGCAGGGGAUGGUCCAUGAGCUGCUGUCUAACCGACCCUCUGAUCCGUACUCCUUCAUGCUGGGCUACAUUCAGGCAAGCCAGGCGAACAGGCCGACGCCGAUACCUUCGCCUUUCCUCCCGGCGAGGGGUCCAGAUGAGGACGACUUGCCAAACUGGUCAGCAAUGCCUGGCCGCGGGGAUGCCGAGUACCCCGGCUUCCCAUCAGACGGUUCACAGCCGCUUCCAGAUCUGUCUCGUCACCACAGCACGCUCGCGCAUGUGCUCAGAGAGCAGCCCAUGCUUUAUGAACAUCUCAAGGACGUGCGCACGCCAAAUGGUGUUUCUUUGGCGCAGUGCAUCAAGCCUGGGAUAGACAACAGAGGGCACCCCAUUCUGCGCACUCUCGGGCUCAUCGCCGCAGACGAGACCUGCUUCGAGGUCUUCGAGCCGCUUUUCCGGUCGGUAAUGGACAGAUGGUACGAGAGCAUCUUGCAAGAUGUGCAGCUGCCGAGCGCCGUCGAUACUCGACAGGCAGGCGAAUCGUUGAGAGCUCUCUCUGCCAGUCUGCUGUCUGUGCAGGUGACAUGCAGCCGCAACAUUCGUGGCAUUCAGAUGCCACCAUCAGCUCAGCGAGAGGAGAGGAAAGAGGCCGAGCGACUCGCAUUGGAGGCUUUGCUUUCCGUGGAGGAUGAGUUGCUAAAUGGCGGGGACUACUUCCCUCUGCGUGGCUCUGAGACGUAUCCAUCGAAGCCGAAGGGGAUGUCGCCUUCCUCCGAGCAGAAGCUCAAGGCUGCUGGCGAACUGCUCGAAGAGCCGCAAUCGGGGCUGCUCCUGUCCAGUGGCCUGGGUAGACAUUGGCCAGAGGCGCGAGGUGUUUUCACCAAUGGUAGUGGGAUGGCCGUCUUCGUGAACGAGGCAGACCACAUACGAAUGGCCUAUCAAAGAAGAGACGGAGAUGUCUGGAAGGCGCUGGACGGGACGCUGCGUCUGGAGCGAGCCCUCGCCGUCGCUUUGGAGGAAGGAGGGCGGAGCUUCAGCUCCUCGAGCUUGGGCUUCCUGAGCCACUGCCCAGCCAACGUGGGCUGCGCCCUGCAGGCGACUGCCAGGCUGCUUCUGCCCAAGUUAUCCACAGAUGAGCCAAAGCUGAAGGCAUUAUGCAGACAAAGUGGUUUGUUACCCUCUCGGCGCCGCGAGUUAAGCGAAGAGGGUGAGCGGAUGCCCGUUUGGGAGGUUGCUGUUGCUCGAACAGCACAUGCAUCCGCAGAGACGAUUGCGGGCACGCUUGCCGCUGGCUGUCGAAAGCUGGUGGCGGCCGAGAAGGGCGAGGCCGGCGAGGCCGACCCAGUUCCGACAAGCGCGGUCGCUGCCAGUCCUGCAGAGUUUCCCAGAGAAGUCUGUCCUGCGGAGAUGCCGGACAUCAGCGACAGGCACAGCCUCGCUGCUGAAGUCCUUAGACGAGAUCCGUCCAUCUACCACACCCUCAAGGACAGAUGUACACCGAUGGGUGUCAACUUUGCGAACUGCAUAAAGACUUGUUUCGACAACAUUGGCCACCGAAUGAUUAAAACAGUUGGUGCAGUGGCAGGCGAUGAGCACUCAUACGACACCUUCAGUUUGCUCUUUGACGACAUCAUCAGGAUGCGACAUCCGAACUGGUCGGGCUUCCGGCACAGGACGGACAUGGAUGCAUGGAAGAUUUGGGACAUGCCUGAAGCAGGUGAUCGAGCAGUUUUUGCUCGAAUCCGGGUGAGCCGAAACUUGCACGGGUCGCGGAUGCUGCCAGCUUGCAGUGUGGAUGAGCGUCGGGCUGUGGAGAGCGUACUUGCCCGCAGUUUGUCCUCUUUGACCGGCACGUUGCAGGGUGAAUAUUUUCCACUGAGUGGAUCACACAGCUACAUGCCCAAGCCUGGUGGAAUGAGCGAGGAAGAGGAAUUGGACUUGCAUGCAGAGGGUCUACUCUUCGAGGAGCCAGACUCCUCUGUGUUGGUCUCUUCUGGAUAUGCCAGAGAGUGGCCUGAUGCUCGUGGAGUUUUCGUUGAUGAGCAUCGCAGUUUUGCAGCCUUCGUCAACGAGCUGGACCAUCUCCGGGUCACUGGCACCGACCUGUCGAGCCGACCCAGCUUGAGAGCUGUGUGUGAGCGAGUCUUCUCCGUCCUUGCCGCGCUAGAGGCGGAGCUGGAUUCGCAGGGGCUGGCAUUCGCCCGGGACGAUCGUCUCGGCUUCCUCGGGCCGGAUCCAUCGCUCUUGGGGACCUGUCUGACUGCCAGUGUCGCUAUUCGCAUUCCACUUCUCAGCAAACAGCCGGAGUUCCGUAAUCUCUGCCAGCAGCUGAAGCUGCAAGCCAGUCUCUGUGCCAACACAGAGAUGGGGUUGCACCAGGGAGUCUGGGAGGUCCAAAACUCUUUGCGAUUGGGAUGUUCGGAAGUGGAGCAGGUCAAUGCCGUGAUCGAGGCCUGUCGCGCACUUCUGGAGCUUGAGGCCAGGCUCGAACGUGGUGAACAGCUCCACCUUGCAGAUGACGCAGAGGAGGAGGUCGAUUUAGGUGCCGUUCCGACGGGUCCGGGUGAGGGCAAGGUGCCAGGCACUGGCGACAUCGAAUUUCCAGGAUUUCCAGUCGAUGCGUGCCCACGAGAUCUCCCCGAUCUCUCGAGGCACCACUCCUUGAUGGCAGAAGUUCUCACAUCCGACCCGGCCAUCUACGCGCGGAUAAAGGACCUCCGGACACCUUUGGGAGUUUCCCUGGCGAGAUGUAUCAAGCCUGGGAUGGACAACCCGGGGCACACCUUCUUCCGUGUAAUCGGAGCAGCAGCCGGCGAUGCGCAUUGUUAUGACGUCUUCCAGGCACUGUUUGACCCCAUUCUCCUGGCAAGGCAGAGUUUGCACCGAAAGGGUGCACUUCACCAUGUGCAGUGCAACAAGCCCGAGGAGCUUUCGACUCGCUUAAGCACAGCCAGAGAGAGUGUGGCAAGUGUGCAGGUGUCUCUGCAGCGGAAUUUAUUGCGAUUCCGGUUCACGCCGGCCAUGUCGUUGGAUGAUCGACAGAAGGUUGAGAAGGUUUUGUGCGCGGCCUUGGCUGCCCUUCCCGAGGAGUUUGCUGGCGAGUACAUGCCCUUGAGAGGGUCUACAUCCACAAGCUCAAGGCCCGGUAUGUCGGAGGCGGAGGAAGCAAAGCUGCAAGAGCGCAAAUGGCUGUUCGAGGCACCAGACGCUCCAUCAAUUCUCGCAACCGGAAGAGCGAGACACUGGCCACAGGCUCGGGGCGUGUUCCUGAGCCGCAGAGAAGAUUUCGCUGCCUGGGUUAACGACGAAGAUCACUUGCGACUCAUGGUUCGGCGGUACGACGGCGAUCUGAAGGCCGCCUUCGCCAGUUUGUACGCCGCAGAGAAGGCUUUGGCACAGUCCUUGUCACAGUCUCUUGGCCACAGCUUCGCAAGAAGUGAUCGUCUCGGCUUUCUGACGACCUGCCCCAGCAACCUUGGCACUGCUUUUCGCGCGAAGGUGCGAGUGACGCUUCCUCUGCUCGGACGGAACGAAGGCUUUGCUGAUCUGGCACGUGCCCUUGGUGUGCAGGCCAAGAGGGUGGUCCGGCCAACAUUCGAUGGAAACUGGGACAUCUCGAACGCGGUUCAGCUCAACAUCUCGGAAGUGGAGCAGGCCAACAGCUUGAUUGCUGCCGUGCGAAAGAUGCAUGACUUGGAGCUGCAGCUGAAGUCGGGGCAAGUCCUGGAUUUAGCCACGGAGGCAGAGAACUUCCGCUUGUCGAUGCUGAAGGCUCCCGAGGACACCUCCGGACUCGGAGCUGCAGAGGUUCCCGGCUUUCCUGCCCAUGAAUGUCCGGAGGAGCUUCCAGACCUCUCAGGCUUCAACAGCAUUGUGGCUGACUUGCUCAAGCGAGAUCCAGAGCUCUAUAGCAGGCUUCGUACACUGAAAACCAGCAAAGGAGUGUCACUUGCUCGCUGCAUUAAGCCUGGCAUGGACAACAAGGCUAGGAAUGCGAUCAGGAGCUCUGGACUGGUCGCCGGAGAUGCAGAGAGCUAUUCUGUGUUUGCUCCAAUCUUCGUUCCUGCGCUCGCAGUAAACGGCUACUCCCAUCCACGCCAUCCUGAAGCUCUGGAUCCAGCGUGUGUCAGCAGGCCUGUCGCGGCGUAUGGGGGCCACGUCAUCGGUGCUCGAGUAGAGGCAUCCCGGAAUCUGGCUAACUUCUGCUUUCCAUCAGCGAUGGCUCUCGAUGAGCGUGCAGACCUGGAGCGCGUCGUUACGAAGGUUCUUCUUGAGUGGGACGGGGACCUGGCGGGCGAUUACUUCCCUCUCAGCGGCUCUGGGUCAUUUGUGGCCAAUGAUGGUGGUAUGAUGGCAGAGGAUGCAGCUGACCUGGAGAGUCAUGGUUUGCUCUUCCAAGCUCCGAGCUCCGCAAUGUUCCUCUCCUCGGGCAUGGGCAAACAUUGGCCCCAGGCGCGUGGCGUCUACGUGAACAGCUCGAAGGACAUGGCCAUCUGGAUCAAUGAAGAGGAUCAUCUUCGCUUGAUCGCCACGGCAAGCAGCCCCCAGAAGGCCUUUGAUCGGUUCUGUGCCCUAGAAGGUGCCCUAAAGCUGGGUUUGCAGCACGAAGGUCUGAACUUCGCCUCACACGAGGCUUUCGGGUUCCUGACAUCGUGUCCGUCCAGAGUUGGUACCGGCGGCUUCCAGGUUGGUGUCAAACUGAAGCUGGCCCUCGUAGAAGAUGCGGAGGACCGACACUUCGAGGAUGUCUCCUGUGAGAUCGAAAGUCAAGGGAUCCUGCAAAUGAAGGCCACGGCCAAGAUAGGACAGUCCGAAGCAGACAUGGUGCAGGCAGUCGUAUCGGCAUGUGAGCAGCUGAUUGCUGAGGAGAUCCAGCUGGCCACAGGAACUGCCCGUGCAAGUGUGGUGGAGAAAUUUUCAGCCAAGCUGAACAGCAUUCGGCAGGCUUCCACCUUCGCGUGGUCCAGAUGUCAAAGGAGGUCCGCACCGGGCCGAAAGGUGUCGCAACAAUGCGAGGGGCUUCGUGACAGCGAGUGCCAGACGACCAAGUGGGAGGGAGUUUGUGGCAGGUGUGAGAAGACGUCGCGCGACCUGGAAGAGGCCCUCGAUGCUUUGCGUGCAGAGCAAAAGAGAUGUGGGGACCUUCAGAUCGAGGCCCAAGAGACUCGUUGUCAGCUGGUCGCCGCUCGCGAGCGCCUGAUUGAGUUGGGCCGCGAAGCGAGAGUCCAGAAGGCGCAAAACGAUGUCCAGGUCGGUCGGCUGGAGCGUGCUCUGAAAGAGCGCAACGGCAUUGAAACAGAGCGACGACGAGCAGAGUCGAAGCUGAAAGUCCUGGAGACUCAGCGAGAUGUAGACAUUCAGACACUUCAAGAUCACCAAGAGGAAAUCCGUGAAUUAAAGCUGCAGCUGUCGGCCAGGGCCGAACAGGAGAAUCUUGUGCAGAGUGCACAUACCAAGCCGAACAAAGAGUCCAGCACUGGUGUGGCUGUCUGGCAGAAAGCAAGAGUCUUCGAGGAAAGGAUUCAUGGAAAAAGUGAGGCUAGGCAGGCCACCAUGACGAACCCGAACCCUGAGGAGUGCAGAGAGACGCCGCGAAGCCCCAAUUCCCAAAUGCGGGAGAAGCUGGCGAAGGCGAGGAGCAGAAUUGAGAGGCUCGCAGAGGUGAAGGAUGCGGAGCCGGAGACCGAGCCAAAGCUUUGUUCUGAGCAGCCUCGGGAGGGCCGUGCAGAAGAUUCGCCGUCGAGUUCGGCGAGCAAUUGCACAGCCAGCUUGUCGCCACGACCUGACCCGGACAACUGGCCCGUCUCAGACUCCAGACAGUCUUCCGAAGCAUGCCCGAAGGGAGCAGGGCCAUGCGUCCCCGAGCUGCAGCUCGGAGUCCUUUGCCAAGACGGCACUUGA